AAUGGAUAUUCACAAAAUCUUGGAAUUAGAAAAUGAGAACGUUUAGUUGCGUUCAGAGUUAAGGUCAUUGUAUGAAGAACUUGAUUAGUACUAAAUAAUUUUAUAAUUAGAAAAUCUACUGAUUAGAAAUUACUUGAAGAGAAUAAUAGCUUAAGACAAGAAAUUUUAUAACUAAAUUAAAAACUUCAGUAGUCAGAACAGUAGAAAUAGAGUAUAACCCUCAAAUUGAUGGAUCAAUAAGAACUUAAUAUUAAAUUAAGUAAAACUAUCAUCAAUUUAUAAUCAAAUAUUAAUGAAACAUAACAAAAUGACAUUUAAAACAUCAAUUAAUAUGCUAUUUAAAGCAACCCAAACAAUAACUACAUGUAGCAAUUAUAAGUUUUAAGAUAAAGAUACUAAAACAAAAAUGAAAUAGAUAGUUAAAAUAAAGAUUAGGAAAUACAAAAAUUAUAUGUCUAAUUAUCUGAAUUAUAAAAAAUAAAUAAUAACAAUAGAUUAUCUAGACCUUUAAAUAAAGAGAAUAUGAUCAAAUCUUAGUAUAGGCCAAGAGGAAUAUCUGAAAAUAAGUUUAAUAACUUUGAAACCAAUUUUACAGAAUCAAGAAUAUUUCAUUGA